AAGUUCUCCAUGACAAAAUGCCUCAAGUCUUUGAAGAUGAGUCUAAGCAGAUUGCAUGGUCCAGAGCAAAAGAUCACUAUGGUAUUAAUUUUCUCAUCUUUUGAUUUUCUGCAGCUCCUCUCCAAUGACAGGUUAAUUAGAGUUGAUCACAGAGUAUUGGCAAAGCAAGCAGGUCCAGGAAUUUCAGUACCGUGUUUCUUUAGGCCACAGACACUGGGAGAGAAUGCCUCGAGAAUUUAUGGAACAGUCAAGGAAUUGUUAUCAGAAGAAAAUCCUCCGAUUUACAGAGACGUAGAUGUAAAUGACCAUAUGAAAGUCUACUUCUCAAAAGGGCUAGACGGGACAUCUCCCCUGCUGCAAUUCAGAUUGUAAAGUCGGAUCUUAAUAUUCAGUUUCACAAAAGAAAGAAAAUGGUGGAUUGAUGUCCCUCCCACACAGGGAGCAUUAACAGUAAACGUUGGAAAUCUUCUACAGGCAAGUCGAUUAAACUAAUUUAACUUAGCUUCAUUCACAAUAUCAUCAUCACAAUUACUACUACAAUUAUAUAGUGGUGUCAUGACCUCAAACAAAGAGGUAUAAGCAUAUGCUAGUGAUCGGAGUAUCGAACAUUUAUCUGCAGAACUCAUAGCCCCAAAUGGAAUAUACUAUAUACAUUCCGUGUUAUAAAUUUCAUGUCUUAGUUUUGUACAGCUCAUCUCCAAUGACAAGCUAAUUAGUGUUGAAAAUAGAGUUUUGGUGAAGAAAGGUGGUCCAAGAAUUUCAGCCGCAUGUUUCUUUGGACCAAAAAUUCAUCCAGAGGAUACCUCAGUAGUUUAUGGACCAAGAGAUAAAUGUGGAGAAGUAUUUGAGGAUAUGCUUAUCCAAAUGGCUCUACGGGACAUCUCCUCGACUACAAUUGUGUUGUGUGUGGUCCCGCACCAUGUGAUGGUGGGACCACCACAUUAAUUAAGAAGAGAGGCAGCUGGCUCUCUUUAAAUUAAAUGGUUCGGCUACUGUAGACGCAGUAGUGAAAAACAGAAGAGAGGAGAAGAAAACCGAGAGAAAAAAAAGGAAGAAGAGGCAGCAGAGCAGUCUGUUUUUUUUUAUUUUUUAUUUUCAGCUCGUUAAUUGUUAGAUCGGGCUAAAAUCUAGACACGUUACUUUUCAUUCUAAACAGUUGGAUUGAAGAUUGUUGGUGUGAAAGCUGAUUAUUUUGACAGAAAACAGGGCUGUCAGUAUUGUUACGAGGGAUACUUUUGCCCAUGUGCUGCUCGACAGUCUUGAAGCCCACAUCAGCUAUAGUGUGAAACUCACUAGAAAAAUGGGCUUGUUCGGUGUUCCUUGUCCCAUUCCGCAGUCUCCUGUCCUACAAUUAGCGAAGAGUUCGAUGCCAUCCCAGUCAACAUGUAACUGUUGGGCUUUUCCAGAUUAGGACAAAAGAUAAGUUGUUUUAUGUGGUAUGAAUGGAGACAAAAUACACUUAUAAUAAGGUGCAAAUCAAGCUGUAAAAGAAUGGAUGAUUUUAUGGAAGAGAAUGAAUGAUUUCAGGGGAAGUUCUCUAUUGUGAGUAAAAUCAGCAGUAGGCAAAUUCCCAAACCAGUUAAAUUGUGUCUCUUCAAUUCUGAGCAUUGAUCCCAGGUCUUCCUAGCAGUAUGCAUGUUCUUUUUCAGCUACAACUCUGACGUGCAAUCGCAUUACACACUAAGGAAACCAAGAAGGAGCAAUUGACUAGUAAGCGGUCAAGUGACGUAUAGAGUUUCCAUUCGCAGGUUAAGGCAAAUGCUGAGCACCAGUUCAGGCAAAACUGAAUCUGAGUUGAAAUCUGAUUACGACCGGAGAAGUGAGCUAAAGGCUUUCGAUGAUUCCAAAGCUGGCGUAAAGGGCCUUGUGGAUUCUGGAGUUGCAAACAUUCCCCAGAUUUUUAUCCAUGAAUCUAGUACAAAUGACAAGUUAAGUUCAGGCCACCAUAAUUUUACCGUACCAGUAAUAGACUUCAAUGGCAUACAUGAAGAUGCAAGUCUUCGUGGGAAGAUUGUUGAGGAACUUAGAGAAGCUUGCAAGAAAUGGGGUUUCUUUCAGGUUAUCAAUCAUGGGAUUUCAUCAAGUGUUCUUGAUGAUAUGAUAAAUGGCGUGCGUAGAUUUCAUGAACAAGACACAGAGGUGAAGAAAGAAUUCCAUACACGCGAUGAAAUGAGAAAGGUAGCAUAUAAUACCAACUUUGAUUUCUAUCAAGCACCAGCAGCUAAUUGGAGGGAUUCUUUGUAUUGCCUUGUAGCCCCUCAUCCACCCCGUCCUGAGGAAUUGCCUGCAGUUUGUAGGGAUAUUAUGAUUGAUUACACGAACAAAGUGAUGUCAUUAGGGCUAAUUAUAUUCGAGUUGUUGUCGGAAGCUCUGGGGCUAAAACCCAGCCACUUGAAAGAUAUGGGCUGUGCAGAGGGACUGUAUUUUAUAGGUCAUUACUACCCGGCAUGCCCGCAACCAGACUUGACCCUGGGCCUUAGCAAGCAUACAGAUAGUGCCUUCCUCGCGGUUGUUCUGCAAGACCACUUGGGUGGCCUUCAAGUCCUCCAUGAAGAUCAAUGGAUUGAUGUUACCCCUAUUCCUGGAGCUCUAAUAGUAAACCUGGGAGAUAUGACACAGCUAAUUACCAACGGCAAGUUCAAAAGUGUGUAUCAUAGGGUGGUGGCAAAAAACACCGGUCCAAGAAUAUCAAGUGCCUGCUUUUUUAGAACGCAUUUGCAGCAAGAGAGUUCUUCUAGAGUGUACGGACCAAUUAAGGAACUGCUGUCGGAAGAAAACCCACCAGUAUAUCGGCAAACGACUAUUAAAGAUUACGUCUCAUACACUUACUCAAAAGGGCUCGACGGGAACCCUCGACUGGAACAUUUCAAGCUGUAAAUUUGGUAAUGGAUCUUUCAAGUCACCGUAGCUAGGAUGUUGCUUGAGAAAUUGGGGACAGUUUGUUUCUUGUCUUGGUGCUUUGAUCGUAGAUUAGGCCUGCACGUGAAAAACAGUUACUCGGUAGUCCGUCCUCUCAAAAUCAGAACGUCUGAUGGACUCGUUUUUGAGCGUUUAUGCAAUAACUUCUCCAUGUAUUAAAUAUUGAACUCAUCAAGUACGAGUUUUCAUUUGCGCUA